CUUCUCUCGUCCUCCCCCAGAGCUGGCAUCCGCAGGAGACGCGUUGGAGGAACUGCUGGAGCUCCGGCAGCACAUCCUACAGCUGUGUCCGCAUCCUGUCAUCAACGGAACCUUUGGUUUGCUGGAAUCGAACGGUGAGAGCGAGAGCCGCGGCCAGGCGCAAGGGUCCGCCGCCCACCAGGACAAGCUCGGGCUGGGCGCUGAUUGGUCGAGCGCCGUGGAGGAGGAGUGCCAGGAGAGCCUCAGGAUCAUCGAUCACGUGACCAAGGUGGAGAAGUGGACGCUGGUCGACUCCAUCUACUUCACCAUGACGGCUGUGACCACCAUCGGCUACGGCCACAUCUCGCCCGCGACGCGCUACGGGCGGCUGUUCUGCGUGCUGUACUCGCUGGUGGGCGUGCCGCUGACCUGCAUCCUGAUGGCGUACUCGUCCGAGAUGCUGUCCAACCGCAUGCUGCAGCUGUACACCUCGGCCAGGAAGCGGCACCAGCGCCACCGCAAGACGCUCCUCUACGGCAUCACCUGGAUCUACCUCAGCGUCGGCUUCAUCGUGUUCAUGUUCCUGCCGUCGCUGGCGCUGUCCAAGCUGGAGGACUGGAGCUACGAGGACGCCCUCUACUACACCUUCAUCACGCUCAGCACCAUCGGCUUCGGAGACCUCGUGGCAGGAUACCGCAAAGACCAGCCCUACAGCGAGGUCUACAAGCUAGCCAUCGUCGUGUGGAUCAUGAUGGCCCUCGGCUACUGGUUCCUGCUGCUCAACUUCCUGCAGAAGGCGCUGAAGAGCAACGUGCCCCGCAGGAUCAAGAAGACCUUCAGGUCGAAGAGGAUCGCGAAGCAGGCAGAGUUCUUCCGGCAGCUCGUGGGCAGGGUGAAGCUCGGCCAGCGCAAGGCGUCGCUGGUGGACGGCGACCGCGGCGUGGUGGCGCUCAUGGUGGAGGUGGCCGGCGCCUUCGUGGGCGACGAGCCCGGCAGGACGUCCAGGAAGCAGAGCCUCAGGAUCGACUGCACGCAGGGCAACGACGACUCCGACAGCGAGGCCAACGAGCCGCUGACGCUGUCCGACCUGCUGGACGUGAACGUGGUGCUGCGCUCCGACUCCAUGCCCGCCAUCAGGAACCUGGUGGCGCAGACGGGCACGCCGGCCGAGGAGUACUCGCAGAGCCUGCACGGCAUCAUGACGGGCGCGGCGGAGGUCGAGGGCCAGGGCGGCGACGCCGAGGGAGGCCAGGCGGUCGAGAACUUCCCCGACGAGGUGGUGCUGCCGCUGCGGGAGGUGCUGCAUCUGGUGUCGCUCGUGGCGUCCGUGGAGGAGCAGGUGCACAACACGUGCGCGGACGACGACGCCACGGCCUGCAGCAGCACCACACUGCAGGAGGACCCCACCGACUCCACGCCCUCCAUCGUGACCUUUGACCCCCGCGAGAACGUGCCGCUGCUCAGGGACAUCUUCCACUACAAACACAACCACCACGCCAAGAGCGCCUUCUGCAACGGCAUCAAGAUGAAGUCGCGCAUGCGCACGCUGAGCCAGCGCGAGGAGGAGGAGAUCGACGAGGUGCUCAACGAGGUGUUCGACGUGAGCACGGACGCAGAGGAGGACGAGGAGGAGGACACGGAGGGCGACAACGAGAGCCAGUUGGAGGAUGACGACGAGGACGACGACGACGAGGACGAGGGCGAGCACGCCCGGAGGCUGGGCGAAGGGCCCAAGACACUGCAGGACGUCGAGGCUGGCAACUACUGCACGCGCGGCAAGAUCGGCUGCGUGCACAAGAGGUAGGAGCGGCCGCCGCGCGAGAAGAGGAAUCCCCGCAGGACGCGACGAGAGCCGCCGGGCGCCGCGCGACCCUGAAGCAGCCCUUCUGGCCCCGGACCGGCGCUCCUCGCAGCCUCUCGCGUCGAGACGCCCAGGACUUCCACGCUGCUUCCACGUCUCCGAGCCGCGCUUCGAUGUCGGCGUCUCUGAUGGACAUAUUUAUCAAUGGUUUCCUUCGUGUCCGUCCUCGCCACGCAUUCUUCUUCUCGCAGGCCAGCCGCAGGGAAGGCGGGCGUCCCAGACGAAGCUGGACUCCCGUGAUAGCAUGUCACGUCUCCUUCUGCAGAUGCAUACCAUGUGCCUUAAUAUGUAUCUGCCAGCGUAUCUGAACGUCUGUCAGUCUAUUUUCCGAUCUGUAUUUCUGUGCAGCUGUUUCUCUCUUUUCCGCAAAUGUAAAAGAGACAGAAAACCGAAGGCAACUUUAAGGGGAGACUUUCUCAAAUGCGCAGUCGAACUAUUUCUUUGCUCUGGUGAUGUGUAAAGACAGCUGUGUGUUAGGGAGAAAUUAGCUACAAUGUAUUACUGUAUAGUAUUAUUGUUUUAGACUAAAACUAGACUGACUUGUAAUUAGAUGUAGUACGUAAGAUAUAAAGAUUUGUAAGAUUUAA